AGGUUACGAGGAUUAGGGUUACUUUUGGAAUUUUGGCUUUGUGAAUUUGCGUAGCGGUGGAGGGUUUUGUUAGAGUAUAUUGUCUUGCUAUAGACAGCGAGUGGCAAGAUUGAGUGAAUGGUUAAGUUCGAGAUCUUCAUGUGGAGCACGUGCUUGUGGACGAUACAUGGGGUCCAUACUGACUUCCGGAGAAUGGCCUGGCUUUCGGGUGGCGAAAUUUUCGAACUUUGAAGAGGCUUCAAGUGGAGUACAAGACUAAGAUCCAGGUAACUCGUCAGUGGAGACGGAGUAGGAAGGAUGGUAGAGGAGAGGGGUAGUUCUCGCAGUUCUCGGGGCGGCUCGUGGGGUAGUGGCGAGGAUGGAGGGAGCUCUCAUGGUGGCAAGGGUGUGCCCAAGCUUUCGCGUACCGUUGCCAAAAAGAUUCAUAAGUAUGAUGUAUCAGCAGAUCAUUCAGACUACGAAGACGACGGUUCCGUCCAUUCCACAUCCUCAUCCGGCUCCCGUAGGAAUCCUCUCAGUAAGAGUAUCAUCCAACAGCAGAGCUUUCGAGUGGGAGCCAAUUUCGAAGAGGAUUUGAAAACGCUCUAUGAAUUAAUAGGUGUGUCAAAGCCUGCGGACCUAGCUAUUUCGGCCUCGGACUGGCAAUCUCGUGGGAAGUCCAUCGCUUACAGCCAACCGCUUUCUUCCCCCAGUCUAUCACAAGAGCAUGGUGAGGCUUCUCACUCCAACGACUUAAAGCCAAGCAUUAUUGAUUUUCGUUCAGAAGCGCCCGCUGCUUCGCCUCGCGAACUUCCGGUGGCUCCCGUUAAACUCGAUGCGCAUGAAAGAAUGACCUACCGGAGCGAUUAUGUCAAUUCCCAACCACAAAAUCAUUAUGGUCGUAAAAAUAGUCCUUCCCAGCGCUCACCACCUCCUGAGUCCUUCCCCGCCUUCGAUAGCUCGCCCUCUCGACUGGGCAGGGAAGGGUACGGACUACACAGGAUGCAAUCGGACCCAGUAAUGCCUACGUUGGGAGCCCUUUCUCCCCUAGGCACUGGCAAUGCCCAUCCGGAGUCUGCGGGAUCGACCGCAACUCGUAGAUGGUCAUUCGAUUUGGUGCCGGGUAAUCAUGAAGGAGAUUAUGCGAACAUGAGUCAGGUCGUUCGUGAUAAUUUGCCUUCGGCUGCAGUAGCAAUGCCUAAGAACGGUCUUGUUCGGAGGUCUCCCAUCAUAAGAGAUCCCAAUCGAAGUAACAGCUCUGUAAGUAACCCUUAUGCACAACGACAGUAUCCCAAUCUUGCAGAGGAGGCAGAGUCAAGUGCAAAGCCUGAGUCAAGUGCAAUACCCGAUUCAUCUGCAAUGCCUGAGUUACCUGCUAAACUUGAGUCAACUGCAGUGCCUGAGCUAUCGGCCAAACCUGAGUCAAAUGCAAAACCUGAAUCAGAACCUGAACAGGAUAGUUCUGUGGAGGCUAGGACAGAACAUUAUGGAAGUGUUAGAAAAUCGAAAAUACCCUCCGCCUUGCCCUCCGCCUUGAUUAUUGAGAGAAAUAAAGCUAGAAAAUAUAUUGUAAGAUUAAAAUCCUUGAGUUGUUUUUUGCGAACAGAAAAGAUACUACCACAAGAAUAAACAGGAAUAAUUAAUAUUAGAUAA